GCUUGGCCGUGCUUGAGCGGCUGAAGCGACUCCAAGGACACCGUUCAUAGGGCUUUGGUUUGCAGUCCCCAAAUACUGAGUGACCUGGGGACAGUUCAUAGCGCACUAGGCCGAAACCCUUGAAGAAGCCCAGGGCAGGAGGCAGUGAACAGUCCGCGGCAGCUGAGCAGUCCCGAGCCUCCGCACCAUGUGUACGGGCAGCUGUGCCAAGUGCCUGGGGGGCACCCUCAUCCCCCUGGCUGUGAUUGGCUUGCUGGCUAACAUCCUGCUGUUUUUCCCUGGAGGGAAAGUGUCCGACAGCAACGACCACAUUACUGAUGAGGUCUGGUAUUUCGGAGGAAUAGCUGGAAGCGGGGUCUUGAUGAUCUUCCCCGCGCUCGUGUUCUUGGGCCUGAAGAACAAUGACUGCUGUGGCUGCUGUGGCAAUCAGAGCUGUGGGAAGCGGUUCGCGAUGUUCACCUCCACAAUUUUCGCUGCGAUUGGAUUCGUGGGUGCUGGAUAUUCGUUCAUCAUUUCUGCUGUCGCCAUCAACAAGGGUCCAAAAUGUCAACUGGGGAGCAACACCUGGGGUUACCCCUUUGAAAAUGGGGACUACCUUGGCAACCACUCCAUAUGGAGCAUGUGCCAGCAGCCCAAAGACAUAGUCCCCUGGAACCUGACUCUCUUCUCCAUCCUGCUGGUCGUCGGUAUCGUCCAGAUGUGCCUCUGCGCCAUCCAGGUGGUCAACGGCCUCCUGGGGACACUGUGUGGGGACUGUCGGUGCUGCUGUGGGGGAGAUGGGCCAGUUUAAACCUCCUUGAAGAGCUUCUCUACCUCCACGUGGGACAAGAACCUGUGCUUCUCUUCUCAGGAUUAACCCCAUCCGCUUCCCACCCACACAGCUGGGGGAGGGGGGACUGAGUCCUCCCAGUCAGCUCCGCUCCAGUUAGAAUGUUGCCAUUCUCCACUAGAAGAAUAGGUUAGCCGCCUGCCAAAUUACAGUGAUGCAAUCUCUCCACUUAGCUUCCAGUUAGAAUAUAGGAACCAGCUCAGAGCAGCUUCAUCAUGACUUUUUUCCUUACCAGUGUGAAAUGUACAAACUCAAUGGAUUGUCACACUGUUUCUUUGUAUAUAAAGAUAUUCCUGUCUUGGAAAGCUUGAGUAAAACAAAAGAGGAAAAAGCACGUUAUGGAUGAGAAACCGAGACCAAUUUUUUGUUGUUGCUAAGACCUGGGGGAAAAGAGAAUGACUGAUGUAGCAGAAGCCAUUUCUAGUCGCUGCCUUUGUUGCUCACUUGUUUGAAUUAACUGUGACUUGUCUUCUGAGCCUGUCAAUGCUUGCUGGAGUUCUCUUGUGUAUAUUAAAUUAAAACGCAAAUUCAGAGGCAAUA